UUUCGGCACCCCGAGUUAUCCUUACCCCGGCCGCGCACGGCGCGGCGCAGGCUGCCCGGAGCGGAGAAUCCGAUGGCCGCCGCCGUCCACCUCCGCCCUAUCCACUCGCUGUCUCUCCCUCUCCCUCUCCUCGCAGCCAAGGCCGCCACGCCCAAUCCCGGCUGGCUCCCGCUCUCGGCGAAGCCAGGCGCAGGGAGGAGGAGAAGCUUGCUGGUCUGCGCCGCCUCCGACCCCAGCAAGGCCGCGGGGAAGGGCGAGGCGGGGGAUGCCGUCGCCAGGUGGGCGGCGUGGAUCCCGCGGGCUGCGGUGGGAGGGGCCGGCCCGGAGCAGGUCCUCAGGCUCAUCUCCGGCGCCGCGGCCACGCCCAUCUGCCAGUUCGUCGACUCGCCCCGCACCUUCCUCCACGCCAUCGAUCCCCGGGUUAAGCUGGUGUGGCUCUUGGCUCUUGUUGUCCUACCAGCCAGAUCAAAUAUUUACUUGCGGUUUGGUUUAGUAGCAUACCUUACUCUCCUCUCUAUGUGGGUUCUCCCAAACCAUAUUUGGAAGGACCAACUUGGAAGGGUCGCUCUGCUUUCAGGCAUCAUAUUCAUAAUGCUGGGAUUUGGUUCUGAUGGUGCUCCUUCAUUAGUCCAGACAAGAACUCCUCCCCCAUCUGUUAUAGGUUUGCCAAACAUACCUACAUCCACAAAUGGCUAUUCUUACACAAUCAUGAAACUGGGUCCACUGCAAUUUACAAGGAAAGGCCUAUCAGUAGCGAGUACGUCAGCAUGCCUCUCAUUUGCGAUAUUUCAAAGUGCAAGUCUCUGCUUGACAACAACUACUCCUGAGCAGCUUGCUUCUGCUUUAUGGUGGUUUAUGAUUCCACUGAAGCAUAUCGGCGUACCAGUACCUGAGAUAAUACUCACACUCUUACUAUCUUUGAGGUUCAUUAAUCUUGUAUUUGAUGAGGUUCGCAAUUCAGCACUGGCGAUUGUAGCACGUCGGAUAAAUUGGGAAAAGCUGGCAACUAUGGAAACUAUUGACAUUUUCUUCAACUAUGUGCGGCGAAUUUUCAAAAAUAUAUUUGAUCACGCAGAGCAAAUAUCCAAGGCCAUGAUUGCUCGCGGAUUUCGUGGUGACCCUAACAACCACAAGAUCUACUUUCUUACAGAAUCUUCUUUUGGCAUUGUGGAUGUCUUUUCAUUACUUUGCCUAUUUGCUCUAGUGGCCCUGGCUUCCAUUUCGGACAAAUUGGUUUGAUGGAAUCAGGAACUAAAGACUAUCACGACAACUUCAUCCCCUUAAUUGCUUAAAAAUGCUGAGUUGCAAAAUCAGUUUUUGGGGCAUCUUAGGAGCCCCUUCUGUGUAGUGGAAUCGUGGAAACGAUGGUAACGAUUGAAUCGUCAGGAAGAUCAUUUUGGAAGAUCAUUUUGAUCAAGUGUAUGCACCGCAAGCCCCUUUGGAAGGAAGACUGAAAGGUUAACCUCUGGCUCUAACUUCUUUGCAGCCUUGCAGGAGCAGUGCCGUAUGCAGAUCCUUCAUUGAAGGACCACGUGAGAAUAUUGAGUAUAACUGCACAAUCAAAGUAUACUUCCUGUCUUCAUUAGGAAGUGCCGUCAAGAACUUAAGUGGGGUGACCGCUGUGUUCUUGCUAACUUAUUGUAUCUGCCCUUAGCUUGAUCCUAACAUGAACAACUGACAGUGUAAACCUAUCUUUUUUCAUUAGCCCUUUCUUUCUCUUUAGUUUUAUUUUGCAAGGAUGCAGUUCGAAGCAUUGAAUGUUUAAUUGCAAGGAUACAGUGCAAAAUUGUACAGUCCGUAAAAAGGUCAGAGUUUGAUUA